AAAAGCAAGGAAAUUGGGUUCCUAUAUAUAUAUAUAUAUAUAUACACGUUGAUAUAUCGAUAGAACGGAGCAUUGGUUUUUUUUCACACACGGAUAUACGUUGUGUACUACAACUUUUUUUAUAUUGUUAGGACGAGGUAUGCACUUGUCGACAGGAAGACGCAAGCCCACUAUAAGACAUAAUACUAAAUAUCGUUUGACAAAAAGAAACGAUCGCGGCCACGGCUCGCGAGUAUGUGGUACCUGUAACGAUCCAGUCGAUUUCCAUAGGUCGGAAUCCCCCAAGCCCGGUGAGAAAAAAGAAAAGUCCAAGAAGAAGGAGCGGGAGCACCGGAAAACCGAGGUCAUAUCCUCCGACAGUGACUCCAGCGAGGAUUCCGACGACAGCAACUGGUCCGAGGCGGAGUCGAAGAAAAAGAAGAAACUGAAAGUCGGAGGAAAAGACUAACAUGAGCGCCAUUUGACAGGAGACAUUCCCUGAGUGAGUAUCAGAUAUGCCGCUACUCAAUGUAAUUUCUCAUUUUGUGAAUUCGUAAAGUUCAUUCUCGUCGUGUGUAUUACUUUCGAAUUUGCGAAUUUACUUGUGUAAGAGCCUCUUUCUCUCUCUUUCUUUCUAUCUAUUUCUACUCUCACUCGUUGUGUGUCGAGCACUAUUACAUCGCUGAUUACGGAAGAUGGAUCUCGGAGACUGCUUGUUCUUGACCGGGGAUUCACAGUAAACGUCUUGAAAGUAGACCGUCGCACGCCUAAAAACGCCGAAUAGAUAAAUUAGAAAGAUUCGCCAGUAUCUCGCACAUUUCUUCUUAAUAAUAAUAUU